AAUGUAAAGAGAAGAGUAGAAAGCAUAAAAAAAUAAAGCAUUAUAUUAAUCCCAAAUUGAAUAAAGUUAUGAAGAAUAAGAAGCAUACUCUCCAUAACCUUAAAGAAAUAAAUCAUUUUCAGUUCAACUAUCCCCAGUUUAAUAAUCGAUAGUAAAAACCUAACCCUAUGAUUAUAUGAAUAAACCAUUAAAAUUACCUCCAAUUAGUGAUAGAAUUGUGGCCUUCACAAAUCCAACAAACAAUAAACUACAGCUUCGAGAGAAUCCUUUAGGUUUUUAAUCCUAAGAUUAGGAUAAGACAUUAAAGAUGAUAUAAAAGUAACCAGCAUUGAGAUUAUUUGUUUGA